UGUCACGGUCCCCCCAGACCCUCUCAUCCCGCCGUGUGUCUGCCACCCUGUGCCCCCCCUGCACCCUGCACCCCCAGAUUCCUCAGGACGUGGGGCAGGGCGCAGCCUUGUGCGGCCGCGUGGGCAGCGGGGACAGGCGGCGGGGACAGGCGGCGGGGACAGACAGGCAGCGGCCUCCGCGCUCCCCCGCCACGGCGAAGAGGGGGCAGUUUCUUCUUUGUCUGCUCCCGGUGCCAGCGGCAGCGCCCGCCGGAGCAGCGGGGGGACGGGAGGACGGCGGCCGAGCUGCCUCUGCCCCGGUACCACCGCCACCACCUCGGCCUGGCUGCUCUGAGCACGAUCCCACCGCGAUCCCGGGAGUAACCGAGCUCUUCAUGACGGAACAGUGACCGGGAAGAGUCCGGUAACAGCGGCUGCGUCCGGGGAGGACGGCAGCACUGGGGACAAGGACACCCGCGCCCCGUCCCCCCCGCGGCACCCGCCGCCGGCCAUGGGGAACGGCAUGAGCCAGAUCCUCCCGGGCCUCUACCUUGGGAACUUCAUCGAUGCCAAAGACCUGGAGCAGCUGAGCCGGAACAAGAUCACCCACAUUGUUUCCAUCCAUGAAUCUCCCCAGCCCUUGCUGCAGGACAUUACCUACCUCCGCAUCCCCCUGCCCGACACCCCUGAGGCCAACAUCAAGAGGCACUUCAAGGAAUGCAUCAGCUUUAUCCACCAGUGUCGCCUGCGUGGAGGGAACUGCCUGGUCCACUGCCUGGCCGGCAUCUCCCGCAGCACCACCGUGGUUGUCGCCUAUGUCAUGGCCGUGACGGAGCUGAGCUCUCAGGAGGUGCUGGACGCCAUCCGGACCAUCCGGCCCGUGGCCAACCCCAACCCGGGCUUCAGACAGCAGUUGGCUGAGUUCAACGGCAGCGCAGCCCGCAAGGUCCGCAGGCACCUGAAGCAGAGGUACGGGACGUCCCCGUUCAACGACGAAGAAGAAAUCAAAGCCUUGCUGCCCGCGGGGAGAGGAGGAGCGGCCAGGACGGAGGGAGCCCUGCAAGGACUGGUCCCAAGGGGCAGAGACAUCAGGAGCACGACCCCCUUUCUCCUGCGGGUGAAGAGGACGUUCUCCUGCAUCCCAGCUUGUCUGAAGUGUCUGUCCCCUCUCCCGCGGGUGGCCCUGUCCCGUCCCCUCUGGGUGGCCCUGACCUCCUUUCUGUGGGUUGCUCUGUCACCUCUCCCGUGGCUGUCCCGUGUUGCCAUCGUUGUCCCCCCCCGCCCGGUGCUGGCAGCACAUCCAGAGCCGGCGGCGUGGGGCGGGAAACGGAAAGUGAAAGUCGGGGCCGCACUUUCGCUUUCACUGCCACUACACGUUCCCGCGGGGCCCGGGGCCGCGAUGGCGGAGCCGGGGGGUCCCAUGAGGCUCAAGGAGUGGCUGAUCGCUCAAAUCGACAGCGGCCGGUACCCGGGGCUGCGCUGGGAGAACCGGCACCGAACGCUCUUCCGCAUCCCCUGGAAACACGCGGCCAAGCAGGAUUACCGGCAGCAGCAGGACGCCGCGCUCUUCAAGGCUUGGGCCGUCUACAAGGGGAAGUACCAGGAGGGGACGGACAAGGCUGACCCCUCCACCUGGAAGACGCGGCUGCGCUGCGCCCUCAACAAGAGCACCGACUUCCAGGAGGUGCCCGAGCGGAGCCAGCUGGACAUCUCCGAGCCCUACAAGGUGUACCAGAUCCUCUCCGAUGGCACCCGGGACACGGAGAAGGACGGUGACACCGGGUUCCCAGCCAGUGAGGAUCAGCAGGGCAGCACUGCGGGGAGCCCAGCGGAGCAGAGCCCGAAGGGCACGAUGGAGAUGUGCCACAUGUCCCCACAUCCCCUGCCCUCUGCCCACCCAGCCCAGCGAGGGUACCACGUGAAGGGCGUCUUCUAUGGCUGGAACCCGACCCACAGCCCCCUCCUCCCCAGACCCACGGCCUUCAUCCCCGUGGGGGACGUCAACCACUCAGACUGCUGGCUCCACGUCCGCCUCUACUACUGCGACGUGCUGGUGAAGGAGGUGACGACCCGCACGGCCGAGGGCUGCCGCAUCGCCUCCCGCCCCGGGACACCCGACACCCAGAGCCUCUACGGCCCCUCCUGCAUGGAGCAGAUCGAGUUCCCCCCACCCCGAGCCCUGGGAGGGGGCGGCAGGGUGUCCAGCAUGACCGACGUGCUGGAGCGGCUCCUGCCCCACCUGGAGCGCGGUGUGCUGCUGUGGGUGGCACCCGAGGGGGUCUUCAUGAAGCGGCAGUGCCAGGGCAGGGUGUACUGGAACGGGCCGCUGGCCCCGCACAGGGACUGGCCCAACAAGCUGGAGAGGGAGAAGACCUACAAGCUGCUGGACACGCAGCAGUUCCUGCAGCAGCUGCGGGGGUACCUGAGCCAGGGACAGCCCAUGCCACAGUACCAGAUCCAGCUCUGCUUCGGGGAGGAGUACCCCACCAGCACCAGGCACCACCUCCAGAAGCUCAUCAUGGCCCAUGUGGAGCCGGUGUUUGCACGGGAGCUCUUCCAUCACGCCCAGCGCAUGGGCCCAACGCUGCUCCACAACUGUCCCCAGCCCUGUGCCCCUGGCACCUCCAGCCACACCGUGCACAUCCUCCAACAGCUCUGACAGCCCUGAGCCUGGCCGGGAGGAGAGCCCAGAAGUCCUGGAGCAGGCUGCUCUGCCAUGCCACAGCCCUGCCACGGUCCCCAGGCCAGCAUGGAUGGAGCUGAGCACUGCAGGGCUGGACACAGCGUGUGCUGGGAGGUGACACUGCCCCCAGCAUCCGUCUCUGGAUUUAUUCCUUGGGGGAGGGGGUGCUGUGUGAGGAUAGAGUCAGCCAGGAUGAGCUGCUCACCAACCUGACCUGAGAAAUAAAGGUUGUGUUUGGGUA